CGGUGUUCUCAUCCCUCACCGGAUACUGGUAUCACCAGCUAGAGUUGACCGUGCCUCUGCUUGCCCCUCCCUCCAUUGCUUGUGGAGGACUGGCCGGUGAAAGUAUGGCGACUCUGCUGUGUGCGGUGCUGUUCUUGGUCAUGGUGAACUAUGGAUAUGGAUCUGCGGAGGCUGUGUUUGACGACGCACCAGUGACUGUGACGGCCGAAGCGGGCACGGCUGCCAUAUUGCCUUGUACUGUGACCUCCAAAGGACGACAUCGGGUGGUGUGGAAGGACCCGUCAUCCACGUGGUUGACGUUCGACAGUAAAGUCCUCGUUAAAGACACGCGCCUCAGUAUUCAGCAAUCUCAGCCCUGGCUAUGGGAUCUCCGUAUACGUUGGGUUAGGCAGUCAGACCAAGGCACAUACACGUGUGUCGUCAACACCCAUCCGCUGAUGGUGAAAAUGGUCAAUCUCGUUAUAACAGGUUAACAAUGACCUGUUGUCCAACUACAUCUGCUGUUGUGGAGUAGGAACCAGAUGCUGCAGGGUGCCACCACUCCCAUGCGGUGCGGAGCGGCAGAACCAGUCCCGGCUCCUCCACUGGAGUCAGUCCGAGAACUAUCUCUGUAACCUGCACUUUGUAUUGCUCUUCUAUUCCGCUAUAAAACUUUGUGAAUGCAUUGUAACAUGGAAUAUAUAAACAAGACAUACU